AUGUUGUAUAUUGCCGUAGACAACCAAUGGAAAACCACCUCGCAUCGAAAACAUUUAGAAAUACAGACUUUACCAGUACCCCUUCAGACAAAGCAAUGCCUUCCAAACAAGGACUCAACCGCCGUGGACCGAGAUGAUGAUCGCCGUUCCGCCGUGUCCGAGCUUGGAACGGAGAGCUCUCUGAAGACUUGGAUGAACGCAACGGCGGCGACGAAUGAGAAUCCAUCGCAAGGGCUUGGGCUUGUCACACCAAAUGAGUUGAAACUAGACAAGGGCGAGAGAAAGGCUAACGAGGAGGGUCCGGGACGCGUCUGCAACGCGAUAUCGUGA